GCUGGCGACAGGGUGGCUCUCACCACCAGGCACCACUUCCCAUUUCUAUUUCUGGGCCAGGGCUGCUGUCAGAGGGAGGCUCUAACCCAGCAGGCUGCAGAAAGGACCCACAGGCCAGUCAUCAGGGGCUCGGCUCAGUGCGAAGGCAGGAAAAUGUCGAGCGAGAAUAUCUACGACCACAUGGAGUUGGCGGAAGCUGCUCCUCAGCCCAAAGAUCUCCGGGCACAGAGCAAGCUGCAAGCGGUUGAAGAAGGGGUGCAGAAGCUCCAAGUCUCUCUGCAGCCUGACGAUGCCUCAGACGCGUCAGCAAAGGGAUCGGACAGUCUGCAGCUAUUGGAUGAAGCGCAGGCAGGAUUCCGGCUGCUGAAAACCCAGCUGGGUAAUGUCAGUGCAGCGUAUGGAGAAAUCCAGAUCCGGCUGGACAACGUCAGUGCAGCGCGAACCCCAGUGCAAGAUUGCUGCAGUGACGUGCUGACAAAGCUCUCCAGGGGCUGGAGGUUUUACGGUGGGAACUUCUAUUACUUUUCAAAAGGAAAAAAGUCGUGGGACGAGGCCGAGCGGUUCUGUGUGUCUCAGGACUCGCACCUGACCUCUGUCUCCUCCCAUGCAGAACAGGAGUUUAUCUCCAACGAGACCAAGGGACAAGAUCACUGGAUUGGACUCACCGACUUGGGGACAGAGGGCAGCUGGCGCUGGGUGGAUGGCACAGAAUACAGAGCAGACGCAAGCAGGGGGUUCUGGGAGGAGAAUCAGCCAGACAACUGGCAUCAGGGGAAAGGAGGCAGAGAAGACUGUGUUGAGACCCGCACAAUGGAACUGAAGUGGUGGAAUGAUGCCAACUGCUCUCUGCCUUCUAAGUGGAUUUGUAAGCAGGCCCAUGGACAGGCUGGGCUGUGAUAUGCAGGUCUCAGCACCUCAGAAAGCACCUUAAUUUCCAAACUAGAAUAUUUCCCAGCCACCUGCUGGUGAGGAACCCUGUUCACUGAGGGAGGCCGCAUACAAUGUGCAUUGCAGGGACGCUUUCUCUUGGUGUGAUAUUUCUGGCUGUAGCAGAGAGAGCUGCCCUUAUGCCGCUCAGUGUGGCUGGCUUUUAAUUUGUAUGUUUCCAGGUCUGUCACUGAAUAAUUCCUUGGAUCAUGGAGUUAUUGUUUCAUAAUCACCCAAUAAAUAAUUAUUUGCUUGA